UAUUUUGACAUGUCUUGAUAGCGCGCUCAUGACCUGGAUAUGACCAUGCUGUAGCUUGAUGCGCGCUACUGUUGCCGCAUGCACUACUCCAGCGUGUGGCUUCUUGUGAAUAACACUAAAGUAAAUAUCCCGUUUUGCAAUGGAGUCCUUCAACCAAAUAUUACUACAGUACCCGCCAUUUGUAAUUGGAGGUGUCGGAGCAACGGCCAUUGCUGCAGGAGGAGCGCUAAUCUAUAGAAUUGCAACCAGGAAAAAACCAACUCAUGUCAAAGUGAAUUGUUGGUUCUGCAAUCAGGACACAGUUGUCCCCUAUGGGAACAGAAACUGCUGGGAUUGUCCAUACUGUGAACAGUAUAAUGGCUUUCAGGAGAACGGGGACUACAACAAGCCCAUUCCUGCUCAGUACAUGGAGCAUCUCAACCAUGGCGUUUCGGCCGGUGUCCCGGAGACACCGAAGACUCUGCAGUGGGUCAACUGUCAAAUGCUUCUGUGCAAGAAGUGCAACAAUAACCAGACAGUGAAGAUUAAGCAGCUGGCCUCGUUCAUCCCCAGGGAUGAUGAAAACUAUGAUGAGGAGAUCGAGGUAUUUAAGCACCACCUUGAGCAGACCUUCAAGUUGUGCCGGCCGUGCCAGACAGCAGUGGAGUACUACAUCAAACACCAGAACCGACAGCUGCGGGCUCUGCUCUUCAACCACCAGCUCAGACGCAGUCGGGAUGCUGAUAAAGCCUUUAUUAAGAACAACUACUCCCUCACCACUCCUGCCUGGCUGAUCUUGCUCCGAGUCCUUGCGUUUCUCGCCUGUGCCUUCCUUGUAGCUGUGGCUCUGUCUGGAUCUGGAGAUGUGGCCUCCUCCGUCAUGCAGACUUUAAGCGGAGGAGUCACCCCACCUAAACGCCCCGUCCAAAAUGAGAGUGAAAGCAAUGCUGAGGCGGGCAGCAUGAUGUGGUAUGAUCUGGUGGGUCUUCUGCCGGAAAAGGCUGUGGAGAACGCUCGGCUCGUCUGGCAGUCCGGAAGCGAACAUCAGAUGGCCGUGGCCUCUGUUGGUCUCCUAACUUGCAUCACAGGUGUCUUAAUGGCAGGACCUGUCAGGUUGAGGAGGAUUGACGCUGUGGCCUCUGUGCUUUGGCUUCUGGUGAUCUGUUUUUAUCUGGCAGAGUGUUAUCUCAAGACGGACAUCCCUGAUUGGUUGGAAAUGGUCAAGUUGGGCAUCACUUCUGUGUGUUGUCUGGUGGGAUUCGCUGCCGCUGUGGCAACACACAAAUCCACGAGUCAGAGAAGAGCCAGAGCUCGCAGGUAUUUGUCUGGCAGUUCACCUGGGCCAUACUACAGUAAUCACUGUCCCCCGCUGUCUGCACCUGUGUCUGGAUCCUCCACCUUCAUCCCAACACCUCCUCCCAACCUGUCACAGCUGCUCAUCCACCAGCAAAGCCACAGAACGUGCAAAGCCUCGCCCUCAUCGCUCCCUGGGCGACUCAACAGGGCCCUCUCUCUGGGAACUAUUCCCUCCGUAGCACGAGCAGAUUCAGGUUUCCUCUUCAGUGGGAGUAGACCAUCUUCACAGUGUCAAGACUCUCCACCUUCAGAUUACUACUCCCUAAAAUCUGGAAGCCGGCCCUCUUCUCCUGGACCGUCUCCAACCCCAUCUGUGGCAGGAUCCGUCACUUCCACCUCUAGCUCUGCCAGGCAGCGCCGGCCACUCAUCAGCCCAGCCAGACUCAACAUCAGUGGGCAAAAGCUGCAGCUCUUUUCCGCUCCUCCGGAGCCUUUUAGUCUGGCCUCACCUCCUCCCUUUCCUUCGGAGCAAAACCAUGUGCACAGCGGAGGAUUCUUGCCUGAUGUUCCACACUUCCAUUCACAGAAUCAUGGUUCACUGAUCGAUGAGGGCAGUGUGUUUGAGCAUGUGGAGAAGCGAAUGGACGGCUCCUCUGCAUCGUCAGACUGCCAUGUAGACACGACCACAGGAAAUGGAACUGACAGCAGUCCUGCAUGGAAGGGUUUUUGGGGGUUGACGCUUUGGCCUGGUGUACUGUUUACCAAGUUUGACCAUUAACUUAUCCUUUAUCUGCGUCUAUCUCUAUUACAAUUGGAGAUGAGAAUAUAGUUCAGAUCUUAUGAGUUCAGCAGUUUGACUGGUCUUUGUCACCUGUGUGCUCGCUCUGUAGAUCUGGGAUCUUUACAGGAAAUAUGUGGAUAGCAUUACCAUUGGGUGACGA